AUAGCUUCUACCUUACCUACUUAUGAACAGUGAUUUAGAAAAGGGAUCAACAAUAUCAGAUGAUGAGAUAAAUACAGGACAUCCCAUAGACAGUAAAAAAGGUCCUGGACAAGUUACAAUAAAAGAGAAUGUACCACCACCAGUGUACAAUUAUAAAGACGAUCCAGACAACCCUCUCAGCUGGCCUAGAAGAAGAAAGGUUGGUAACCUAUCGAUCGUUUUAUCAAUAUGCUUUAUGAGUUAUUUUUCAUCCACUAUCUACGUACCUGCUUCUCAUGAUAUCAUGAUGUAUUUCAAUACAAAUUUAAUGAUUAUAAACGCAACAUUCUCUCUAUUCUUACUAAUGAAUGGUAUUGCGCCGUUGUUCUGGGCACCCUUAAGUGAGCGUAUAGGUCGUAGAUGGGUCUAUAUUGGGGCCAUGACAAUAUACACAUUAUGCACAAUUCUCUGUGGGAUUUCAAAUAGUAUUGGCAUGUUUUUCGCAUUUCGAAUAUUACAAGGUGCUUUUGCGUGUGUAGGUCAAGCCUUGGGAAGUGGAAGUGUGUCCGAUAUGUUUGAAGCGCAUGAAAGGGGGAAAGCAAUGAGCUAUUAUGUAUUGAGUUUAAUUCUGGGUCCUCCCGUUGCUUCCAUUGCAGGCGGAUACAUAGAUGAAUAUUUAGGAUGGCAAUGGAUAUUUUACAUAAAGACAAUUAUGGGAGGUCUACUGACGGUUAUCAGUUAUUUCUUUCUUGGAGAAACACUCUACCGCCCAUAUCAAAAUAAAUUGCCUCCACCUUCAAAUUUACAAGAUAGGUUGAAGCGGUUAAAAUUUAAUCCACUCUCUACAUUUAAGUUGUUUAAACAUCCUGAUAUUGUUCUCGUAUGCUUGCCCGUCGGUAUCGCAUUUGGAUGCUUUUAUUUUUUUGUAGCCAUCUUACCAGCUACGUUUGGUCCACUCUAUCAUUUUAAUCCUGGAAAAGUGGGUCUUUGCUUUAUAGCAGGUGGAUUAGGAAAUGCUUUGGGGUCUAUUGUUGCCGGUCGUACAUCCGACAAGUAUUGUCUCCAUGCUGCCAAAAGAAACAACGGGGUGGCAGUCAAAGAGUAUAGGUUACGGUUAAUGUAUUUUGCUGUACCGUUUGUGCUAUUUGGACCAAUAAUGUAUGGCUGGUUUCUUCAUUUUAAGCUACCUUGGAUUGCACCACUGAUUGCGUUUACACUAAGCUCGUUUGGUUCAAUGUUUACAGUGACCAUAGCAACCACAUAUCUAGUGGAUGCGAAUUUACAAACUGCAGCAUCAGCUGUAUCUGUAAAUAACUUUUCGAGAAGUCUAUUUGCAAUGCUAUUCUCAUUAACAGCUUCAGAGUUAAGAAGUGUUUUAGGUGAUGGAUGGACGUAG